AUGGCCGAGGCUAAGUGUCCUUUUAGCCAAAGCAGGUCUAACGCCAACGUUGCUGGUGGAGGCACCCGUAACACCGACUGGUGGCCUGAUCAGUUGAACUUGGGCAUCCUUCGCCAGCAUGCUCCGGCAUCCAACCCUUUCGAGCGGGACUUCGACUACACCGCCGCUUUCAACAGCCUCGAUUACUAUGCCCUAAAAAAAGACCUCCAUGCCUUGAUGACCGACUCACAGGACUGGUGGCCUGCUGAUUUCGGUCACUAUGGCGGCUUGUUCAUCCGCAUGGCCUGGCACAGUGCCGGUACCUACCGGGUCUUCGAUGGCCGCGGUGGUGGAGGUCAGGGUCAACAACGGUUCGCUCCUCUUAACAGCUGGCCUGAUAAUGCUAGCUUGGACAAGGCUCGUCGCUUGCUUUGGCCCAUCAAGCAGAAGUACGGAGCAAAGAUUUCCUGGGCGGACCUGAUGCUGCUGGCCGGUAAUGUGGCCCUGGAGUCGAUGGGCUUCAAGACAUAUGGAUUCUCCGGUGGCCGUGCAGAUACAUGGGAGGCGGACGAGUCGGUCUACUGGGGUGGAGAGUCGACCUGGAUGGGUAACGAUGUACGUUACUCCGACGGUUUCCCAGGCGUCACCAAGCAUGGUGCACUCUCUGGGGAUGAACCACCCCAUCGCAACAUUCACACCCGCGAUCUGGAGAAGCCUCUGGCUGCUUCGCACAUGGGCUUGAUUUACGUUAACCCCGAGGGUCCCGAUGGCAACCCAGACCCGGUUGCCGCCGCGCGCGACAUCCGCACCACCUUCGGUCGCAUGGGUAUGAACGACGAGGAGACGGUCGCUCUGAUCGCUGGUGGCCACAGUUUCGGCAAGACACACGGUGCUGCCUCAUCCGAGAAUGUCGAUGUCGAACCCGCUGCUGCUGGUCUCGAAAACCAAGGGUUGGGAUGGUCCAACCGCUACCAGUCCGGCAAAGGGCCACACACCAUCACUAGCGGUAUCGAAGUGACCUGGACCAAGACUCCGACCAAGUGGAGCCAUGCAUUCCUCGAAUACUUGUUCCGCUUCGACUGGGAGCUCACCAAGAGUCCUGGGGGCGCCAACCAGUGGCAGGCCAAGAACACCGAGGCCAUCAUUCCCGAUGCCUAUGACCCUUCCAAGAAGCACCUCCCCAAGAUGUUGACCACCGAUUUGUCGCUCCGUUACGACCCCGCCUACGAGAAGAUCGCCCGGCGCUUCCUGGACCACCCUGACGAGUUCGCCGAUGCUUUCUCUCGCGCUUGGUUCAAGCUCCUCCACCGCGACAUGGGUCCCCGAACCCGGUACAUCGGGCCUGAGGCACCCACCGAGGACCUGAUCUGGCAGGACCCUAUCCCCGCUGUUAACCACACUCUGGUUGAUGCCAACGACAUCGCUGCUCUGAAGCGCACUAUCCUUGACACUGGUUUGAACAAGUCUAAUUUUGUAUCCACCGCCUGGGCCUCCGCGUCCACCUUCCGCGGUACCGACAAGCGCGGUGGUGCGAACGGGGCCCGCAUCCGCCUGGCACCCCAGCGCCAGUGGGAGGUCAACAACCAACCAUGGCUGGAGGAGACCCUGUCUGCGCUCGAGAAGAUCCAGAAGGAUUUCAAUGAUCGGGUUUCUUCCACCGGAAAGAAGAUCUCCCUCGCUGAUCUCAUCGUCCUGGCCGGUUGCGCAGCCGUCGAAAAGGCCGCUCAAGAGGCCGGCCAGACCAUCACCGUUCCAUUCACUCCUGGCCGCAUGGACGCCAGCCAAGAACAGACGGAAGUGGAAUCUUUCUCCCACCUUGAGCCUGUGGCCGAUGGAUUCCGCAACUACGGAAAGUCCUCGUCACGCGUCCGCGCCGAACACUAUCUCGUCGACAAGGCACACCUGUUGACGCUGACUGCGCCCGAAAUGACCGUCCUGGUGGGUGGCUUGCGCGUUCUGAACACCAACUACGAUGGUUCGAAGCAUGGUGUCUUGACCUCCUCUCCUGGCCGCUUGACCAAUGACUUCUUCACCAACGUCCUUGACAUGAACACGGCCUGGAAGGCUAAGGAUGGUGGUCGCGAUCUCUAUGAGGGUACGGAUCGUAAGACGGGUCAGCCGAAGUGGACGGCGACACGGGCAGAUCUGGUCUUCGGAUCGCAUGCUGAGCUGCGCGCUUUGGCAGAGGUUUAUGGAAGCUCGGAUGGACAGGAAAAGUUUGUCAAGGACUUUGUUUCCGCUUGGGAUAAGGUCAUGAAUCUGGACCGGUUUGACCUGAAGGGCUCGGGCAUUGCGCGCUCCAAGCUGUGA